AUGCCUUUUCCGGAUCUUUGUGCACGUCUUUUUGAUGGAAAUAGUGCCACUGGUAAUUUUAGGAGUUACUCAACCCAAUCAUCAUCAGUAGCUGGCACAUCCUCCUGUCGUGUUCCACGACUUCAGAUCACCACCACCCCUUUUGAUGCAAUAGAUGAUGAUGGUGUUGACACUUCUCAUCAUGAGCCACCACCUUCUGCUGCUUCACCUUCUGCAGCUUCACCUUCUGCUGCUUCACCAUAUACUGUAUACCAUCCGAAAGCUCUACAAAGUUUGACUAAAGGGUAUACAAUUCCUCAGUAUUUAGAGAAGUUAGAGGUCCUUCAGUUAGGCCAUACAGAUCCUUUACGCUUUGUCACAUAUCAUAUUUUUGGAGGAACCAUGAACAUGAGAGAGAUGUGGAUGCAUUUACCCGAUGUUCCCGAGAUAUUACGAGGGUGGAUUGAGAUGAUGGGUACUAGUUUAGGAAUUUUGAAGGGUGGAAAUAUUUUUCGAUGA